AUGGCUUACAACAACAACAACAACAACAACAACCAAUAUGCGGGCUACGGCGGAAACCCCUACGGCGAUGGAGACAACCCUCAACAUACUGACUACCUCCAGAAUCAGCCUCUCCAACCUCCGGCGCCCACUCGUCACGGCGAGUCCAACUACUCGGCCAUGACUCAGGACUCGCAGUAUAGCACAUCGCAAGCUGCUGGCGUACCUGGUCAGCAACCUGGCGGUGUCGUAGCCACUGGAACCCAACCCGUCAUGCAUCAGGCAGCCCCCACUGUCCUCAGCAACCAGGACUUCCUGGCGCGCGUCGAAGCUGCAAAGGCCGAUAUUCGUCAAUUGACCCAAUACAUUUCCGAAAUUGCCGCCGCCCACCAGCGCACUCUCAACAGCCCCGAUGGUUCCUCCAACCAGGCUCUCGAGUCCAUUGUCACCCAGACACAGGUUCUCAACACUUCCAUCAAGGACCAGAUCAAGUUUCUCGAAACAGAUGCUGCCAGAAGUGGACGCAACAACAAUAUCAAGAACAGCCAGGUUGGCCAGCUCAAGACGAGCUUCAAGAAGCAGCUCGAGGAGUACCGCAACGAGGAAGCCAGCUAUGAGCGCCGCUACCGUGAGCAAAUCGCUCGCCAAUAUCGCAUUGUCAACCCCGAGGCCACCGACGCCGAAGUCCAGGAGGCCUCCAACGCCGACUGGGGCAAUGAGGGUGUUUUCCAGACUGCUACCAACCGUUCGGCCACCGCCAGCACCGUCCUUGGCGCUGUUCGUGCUCGUCACAACGACAUUCAACAGAUUGAGCGUACUCUGAUUGAGCUCAACAAGCUCUUCGAGGAUCUUGCCGAGGCCGUCGUCAUCCAGGAACCUAUGAUCCAACAAGCCGAGCAGCACACAGAGAACGUUAAGAAGGAUACUGAGGCCGGUAACGUGCAGCUCGACAAGGGUAUCUCACAUGCCCGUCGCGCCCGCCGCCUGAAAUGGUGGUGCUUGCUCAUAGUUGUCAUUAUCUGCAUUAUUGUCGCUCUGGCUGUUGGUCUCACUGUCGGUCUGAACCAAAAGAAAAACAACGCUUAA